AAGCAUUUUUCAGUUUUGUUUGUAUCCUGACCAUUUAGUUGCACUCCCAAAAACAGAGCGCAGACGUAUAAAAGGAGCAUAAAAUGCUUUUAUUUUCCUUUUUGUAAACAAAGAUUACACUCUUAAAAAAUAAAUCGUUCCAUAGGUACCAAUAUCUGGAGAACCUUGCUGUUUUAGAAAAGGUUAUUUGUGGUAAAAGAAGGUUCUUCAAAUUCUAAUAAAAACCCCAGAUGAUUCUUCAUAGGACCUUUGACCGAAUGGUUCUUUGUGGAACCGAAAAUGGUUCUUCUAUGGCGUCAUUGUGAAGAUUCUUCAGUGUAUAAAAUAGCGCAAAACUAAAUGCAUCGCUUCAUCUUCGGGCAUUUUUUAUUUAUUGUUUUACAAAAACAAUGACAUUUGCAAAAGCAUGUUUCAACUAACAGGAAGUCAUGUCACAAACGGUUCUUGAUGUGCAGCAAGGCCAUGAAGAGAAUUUGAUAGGAAUGUAUCCAGGUCCUCAGGAUACACCAAACAAAGGCAACUUUUAAUCUGGGUCUGUGUGCUCGUGAACUUCAAACCUCCAUCCCAACAGAAGUUCUCUGCAUCAGGCUUGCUUUAAAUAAAUAAAUAAAUAAAUAAAUAAAUAAAAAUGUGAGAAGCCUGUUAAGGUAAUCUGUCAUGCACGCAGAGUGAGGCAAGUGUGUGUGUGUGUGUGUGUGUGCAUAAAUGCAUGCUCAUUCUUUUGACAUGAAGAAGUAAAUGCUGAAUCAGUUAUUUAUUUCCUCAUUUGUGGUGACAUUAUUGACGGAAACACAGCAGGGCUGGUUAUGCGCACGCGCACAAACUGUUCAAGUAAAGAUGUCUGGGUCAAAACUUUUGGCAAAGACCAAAGAUGUUGACUUAGCGACAGGGCAGACCUUUUCUUUUCGGCAGUAAGAAAACACUGCAAAAAAAAUUGUAUAGUCUUCCUGUUUCCAAGGUGUGUUUGGAGAGACUGUGUCAGUGAUGGAGGGAGAUUCUGUUACUCUGCACACUGGCGUUAGUGAAACAUUUGAAGAAGUUAGCACAAUGUGGAAUUAUGGAGUGGAACGGUCAAUGAUAGCCGAAAUCAGCAGAGUUUAUGGAAUCUUCACAUAUGAUGAUGUUCUUGACGGGAGAUUCAGAGACAGACUGAAGCUGGACAAGGAAACUGGAUCUCUGACCAUCACGAACAUCUCAACUCUACACGUAGGACUCUAUGAAGUGCAGAUAAGUGGAAUGACUCUACCAUCAAAAAAUUUCAUUUCGCAAAAAUACAGUCAUUCAAUUUAUGUCUAUGCUCGUCUGCCGACUCCUAACAUUACCAGAGAUUUUUCACUAAAUCUAUCAUCAUCAUCAUCACCAUCAUCUUCAUCACAGCAGAAUUGUUCGUUGUUGUGUUCGGCGGUGAACGUGGGUCAUGUGACUCUCUCCUGGUACAAAGGAAACAGUUUAUUGUCCAGCAUCAGUGUGUCUGAUCUCAGCAUCAGUCUCUCUCUACCUCUGGAGGUGGAACAUCAGGAUAAAAACACCUACAGCUGUGUGAUCAACAACCCCAUCAGAAACCAGACCACACAUCUGGACAUCAGCAGACACUGUUCUCCACAUGCAGGCCUACCUUUAUUGCACAUAGUGUUGAUCUCUGCUGCUGCUGGACUUCUUUUGAUUGUAGCUGCAGCCGUGAUGUGUUGCAUCUGCAAGAACCGUAGAAAAACAGUUGAGAUCCAAGAGGAAGACGCAACUGAUUCAGCAUCUUUUAAACCAAAAACAAGAAAAACGAAACCGAAGGCGGAACAUGUGUAUGAAAACAUACGCAGGAAACGCUAAUCAAGUUCUGCAGGCAAUUCUAAAGAACAGCACCUCAGAUGUAUUCUUUUCCAGGAUGUUUUUUCGCUUAAACUCUUUGUAUCACAUCUUUUGGUGUUAUUGUGUAAAAUAUGAAUUUACAUUUGAUUAUUGUCUAAAUUUGUCACCAGUUGCAUAGCUUACAGUAAAGUACUUAACGUUAAAUAAUAAAUAGCCUAUUAUUUCUACCCUUCACCGUGA